AUGACCGGCUGUGCGCUGGGCAGGACCUGCGCCAGGAUCUGUGCCGUGCCUUCUGCUCUGGCUGCCCUGCUCUGCCUCGGGCUGUAUCUGAGCCAGAGGAUCAGCAGGCAGACACAGACUCUCUGGAAACCCGUCAUCUGGGCCCAACCCAAUUUCAUGGUUCUGAAGGGAAGGCCAGUGACCAUCUGGUGCCAGGGCGCUCGCGGCGCCGUUGAGUACCAGUUGUAUUUCGAGGGAUGCCUUGUGGCCUUGGAGAGACAGAAACCACCUGGAGUGAUGAUCAAAGUGAAGUUCUCCCUCUCGGCCAUGACCUCCCUCACUGCGGGGCAGUACAGCUGCUCGUACCGAAGUGGGGAGCUGUGGGCCGAGUCUAGUGACCCCCUGGAUCUGGUGGUAACAGAAAUGUAUGACACCCCCACGCUCUCAGUCCAUCCUGGGCCGCAGGUGGUCUCAGGAGAGAGUGUGACCUUCUACUGCCAUCUAGAGACUGCGACCAGCACCUCCUUCCUGCUCAAGGAGGGCCGACCCGGCCCACAGCGCAGACACAGGAGUGGCCAGGUGGCAUUCUUCCUGGGCCUCGUGAGCACGGCCCACAGAGGGACGUACAGAUGCUUCGGUUCCUACAACAGCCACGCCUAGUCUUUCCCCAGUGAGCCUGUGAGGCUCCUGGUCACAGGAGAUGCUGGGGACAGCAGCCUUGCGCCCACAGAGCUCACCUCUUCUGACCUUGCCCUCUGGAAUCACACGGCCCAGAAUCUCCUGCGGAUUGGCCUGGCUUUCCUGGUCCUGAUGGCUCUCGGGGGCCUCCUGGCUGAAGACUGGCUUUGCAGGAAGAGGGCUAGAGAGGAAGCCAACACCGCUUCCAGCCGGGAAGGCAGGAGAAGGUUCAGAACACGAAGACUCCUGAACGAAUGACGGGAGACGUGGUGGCCCCGAGUAGAGCUGAGAGCUGAUGGUGACCUUGGGUGGUGACCUUGGGCUGUGUGAGCUCUGUACUGAGCCCUCGGAGGAGGGAGCCACUGCUGGACACUGGGACAGAUGCGUGGGGGCUGGCGAAGCAUGCUGGAGCGGGCAGGAGAGAGGGUGCUAAAUUUCUUCUGCAGACAGAUCCCAUCAUCUCUGCUAGAGUCUGUGUGUUUUUGUGCCUUCUUACUGCAAACCAAAGUUUCAACCCCUCUGGUCUCCCCUGAAAUCACCUCCUUCAUUAACAUCGUGGCCACGGGAAUAUUGCCUUCCUACUGGGGUCCUUAUUCCUAUGUAUUCUGUCUUUUCUCUGCAACAUGUCAUUCAAAAUGUUUAGCAACCCUUACAGAAUAGGCUCUUAGCACAUGGAACAGGAGCCAGAGAGGCAACCUCCAGGUCAUGGAGAUGCAGGCUGCAGACAAGAAAACUGAUGCACAGCUACGGCAGCCUGUCCCCGCCGGAUCUCAGCCACGAGCCGACCCCCUACCCUAUGCCACCCCAAGAUUCUGUCUGCUUCGCUUCUUCAUCCACACCUUGCCUCGUUCUUCGUGUCUCCAAGUACAUAUCAUCUCCUCCAAAAAAGUUUCCAGUUUGACUUACGAG